UACAGUCUAAAUCCCGACAAGGCGUGCUGCGCAGCACGUUUAUUUUAGUUGGUGAUAGGCAGACGACAUUUUGUUUUUGUGCUGUGACGCAAGCAAGGGAAAAUGCCAUUGAACGCCAUAGGAUGGACAAAUGAAGAGGACGAAAAACUAAUUGAAUUAGUCGAACCCCAUAAACAUUUAUAUUCUUCAUUGGAUCACUCAAGAAAGAAUAUCAUAGCGAGAGAGAAUACUUGGCAAACAAUAUCGAACGAAAUAUUUAAACCAGUGGACGAGUGCAAGAAACGAUGGAGAGGCCUUCGUGACAGCUUCACACGUAGCAAGAGGAUGGGAUCCAUACACAGAUCAAAAGUACCAAUAUAUGGGAAACUGCAGUUCCUUGAUAGUGGAGAGAUGGAGAAUGAUGAACAAAUAUUAGGGCUCGAAACUGAGGUACAAGUAAUGGAGAGUGAACAGGUCAUCACAGACAGCCAGGAGUAUUAUGAGCAUGAUUAUGAGGUCACACUCAGCAACGACGCAGCUCACCAAGAAUUAGACCUUAAGCCCAAAUAUAUUAAAAUAAUGCCAAAAACCCUCACAAUUGAACACAACUCAAUGCAACAGCCACAGAAAAAAGUUGUCAGAAAAAAUGCAGGCAGAAAAAGAUCCAUGCCGCUACCAAGGAACAUACCGCCUGUUAAAAUACUACCAAAACCCAUCAUCAUGAGUGAGCCUAGGAUAAUAAAAUAUGUGGACGAUAAAAAAGGAAAUGAGGAUCGCUCUCAAGUCAUAGAUAUGUUGAUUGAAAAAGUGCUAAAAGAAAAUACAAAUGAAAUAGACGUCUUCUUCAGAAGUAUGGCGGCUAGUGUGAAGAAACUGCAGCCUAACCUAAUUCCCAAAGUCAAAAUGGAGGUCUGUAAUGUUAUAGCGAAAUAUGAAAUGCAGAGUUUUGACAAAAAUUUGCAGAAUAUUUAAAAUGAAUGUGCCAAUUUUUUAAAAAAAACCUAACUGGGAUAUCUGAUAUAUCGGAUAUCUGAAAUGUCUUUAUUUGUUGUUGACAUAUGAAUUGAAAACAAAAAGCCAGUGUUAUAGAAUGGUUUGCUGUCAAGUAAGUUGUUGAUUUAAUCUAUGACUGAAUUGGCACCAUUAUUUCAGAAUGGAUUGAUAAUAUCUUUAAAAACAAUAUUUUUAUGUUAAUAUCAUGUAUGGUAUGUUAAUAUAAGUAAGUUAUGUUCCAAA